AUGGCAAUUGGUGACGAGUUUUUCUCUGAAACUCCUAAUAGUGGGAUUGGCACCAGCAAUACUUCCUCUGAUGAAACUGCCAAUCCGCUUUUCCUUCAUCAUUCAGACCAUCCCGGUCUUCUGCUUGUCUCUAAAAAAUUGUCAGGUGACAAUUAUAACUCAUGGUAUCGCGCUAUGAAGAUAUCCCUGAGUGCCAAGAAUAAAAUUGGCUUCAUCAACGGAACCAUUAAAGAAACCUCUGUAGAAAAGAAACCUGAUGAACAUGCACUAUGGCAGAGAUGCAAUGACAUGGUGCUUUCAUGGAUUCUCAACUCUCUUGAACCCGAGCUUCAAGAUUUAGUGCUCUACUGCACCACACCACAUGCUGUUUGGGAAGACUUGCGAGAGAGAUUCGCGUUGGGCAACGCCCCUCUCAUAUUUCAAGUUCAAAGAGACAUUUACCUAAUUAAACAAGGUCAAUCAUCUAUUGCAGCGUACUACACAAAGCUGAAAGGUUUAUGGGACGAGCUUGCUUCAUACAACACUAUCACUUGCACUUGUCGAGCGCAAAAUGAUCGCAGUAAGUUGAUGCAAUUUCUUAUGGGUUUAAAUGAGUCUUAUGCUGCUACUCGUGGACAGAUUUUGUUGAUGAACCCCUUGCCUUCCUUGAGACAAGCUUAUGCUUCCCUCGUCCAAAAAGAAAAGUAA